UGCUACAACGACCACCAGCAGCGCCGGCGGCACGGUCCUGACGACAACGUCGAACAACCACGAGCGCGCAGGCGCCAACACGAACGGUCCACGUGAGCCGAAAACGCCGAAUAAUAGCGGCCGCCCGAAGAGCGGCGUGUUACUGCUAGCGCGGGGCGCCCGGGGUGCCAGCAAGCACGCGCGCCUUGGCACGGCACUGGCGAACAAAAUGGCGUCCUCGAGCUCCACCACGGUCGUGCAGGGCUGGCCGAAUACCAAGGACGACUACGAGCUCAAAGAGGUUAUUGGAGUGGGAGCGACCGCAGUGGUGCACGCAGCAUUCUGCAUUCCACGGCAGGAAAAAUGUGCGAUAAAGAGAAUAAACCUGGAGAAAUGGAACACGAGCAUGGACGAGCUGCUGAAAGAAAUUCAGGCGAUGUCGUCCUGCAACCACGAGAACGUGGUCACGUAUUACACAUCGUUCGUGGUGAAAGAGGAACUAUGGCUGGUCCUCAGGUUGCUAGAGGGUGGAUCCCUUUUGGACAUAAUCAAGCACAAGACGAGAACGACAAACUGCAAAAACGGCGUGUUCGACGAAGCAACGAUAGCCACGGUAUUACGGGAGGUGCUCAAAGGCCUGGAAUACUUUCACAGUAACGGGCAGAUACACAGGGACAUAAAAGCCGGUAAUAUCCUACUAGGAGAAGAUGGCACGGUACAGAUAGCUGAUUUUGGGGUCAGUGCUUGGCUUGCGACAGGUCGUGAUCUGAGUAGACAGAAAGUCAGACAUACGUUUGUAGGGACACCGUGCUGGAUGGCACCAGAGGUCAUGGAGCAGGUGAGAGAGGACCAUGGCUAUGAUUUUAAAGCAGACAUCUGGUCACUCGGCAUCACGGCCAUCGAGAUGGCCAGUGGCACAGCCCCGUACCACAAGUACCCGCCGAUGAAGGUGCUGAUGUUGACGCUGCAGAACGAUCCGCCGACGCUGGACACCGCGGCGGACGACAAGGAUCAAUACAAAGCCUACGGCAAGACAUUCCGGAAGAUGAUCGUAGAUUGCCUGCAGAAGGACCCGACCAAGAGACCGACGGCGACCGAGCUGCUGAAGCAUCCGUUCUUCAAGAAAGCGAAGGACAAGAAGUAUCUACAGCAGACCUUGGUAGCGAUAGGACCCAGCCUGGAGACUCGGGUGCAGAAAGCAUCCAAGAGGCAGCCUGGUACUUCCGGUCGCCUGCACAGAACGGUCACAGGGGAGUGGGUGUGGUCCUCCGAAGAGGAAGAGAGCGGAGCGUCGAGCGGAGACGAAGGCAAGGAGGCUCUGCCGGUGAACACCAUAGACAACCCGAGCAGCGACGAGGAGCCAGAAGAGGAGGAGUAUGGAAUCGUGAAGCUGGCGCCCAGUCAGCUGGUCAUCCAACACACCGAGCAGAACGUUCCCAUAAACUUGGUGCUGAGAUUACGAAACCAGAAACGGGAACUCAACGACAUUAGAUUCGAAUUCGCCGUUGGCGUGGACUCCGCUGAAGGGAUCGCGGCGGAGUUGGUUGGGGCAGGCUUGGUGGACGGCAAGGACAUUGUCGUCAUAGCAGCUAAUCUCCAGAAACUUAUAGACAGCGCCGGCCAGUUGCGGACAGUUACAUUUUCGCUGAAUUCUGGUUACGCGGCCAACGAAGUGCCCGACGACAAGGCAUUAAUAGGAUUUGCUCAGAUCUCGAUCACCGACUAGGCGACGCGCCCGGACACGCGUUCCGUGGCUACCGUUCUUUCAACCGGCGUUCAGAGAAUGGGAAGUAUCGAAAGUUCUUCGGGUUCGGCACGAAGACCGGGAACAAGACGGGGACAGCUCAUGGGAGAUUGAGGAAUUCGCAAGCGCACCCUCUACGCCGCACCACUUUUCACAGCUUUUGCUACUUUCACUUCUUCCUACGAGUUGCAAUGACAACAUUCGGUGCAGGGUACACAACACAGGAGACGGUAGCUUUGCAAAGUGGUACUCGGAACGUGGCCGGACCGUUCUUUCAGGAGGCACACGAAUAUAUAUUGACAACGAGGAAACGUUUGAGGACAGCCCUAUUGCUACCGGGACAUCCGAAGGGAUAAAAAACAGAUAGGCCACUAUUUUUAAUAGGAAUGUGAUUUCAAGUGACGAUCGGGAAUGUUGACUUUCGGGGUUAGGGGGGGGGG